AUGGAGGAAGUAGAGUUGGUGGCGUAUGCGGGGAUUGCGACGAGCAAGGGUAAUAUUCUCGCGGAUUACGGCCGAGACAGGGACGCGUACCGAGAGGCGAUCUCUGCCGCAUUACCCGCUCUCCCGGAACAUGCAUCGCAAAUCUCAAUGGGCCACGGGCGGCUGUUCGUGCUGUUUCUGAUGGCAAAGGACGGGAUCGUCUUCUUCUGUUUGGGCUACGACCCGCUCACCAAGGAUCAGGCGCGCGGGCUGCUGGGGCGCGUGCGCACGGCAUUCCUCUACUCCGCGCGCAAGUGCGACCUGCACUCGGGCGCGCCGCUCCCCGACGCGACGCGCGACAACAUCCGCAAGUCGUUCGCGUCGACCUUCCGCUCGCACAGAGGAAAGAUCGAGGAAGGCGCGCAGCCGCCGCCGCUGACGAUCUACCACGACGCGCCGUUCGCGUAUCGGACCAAGUCGGAGGAUUCGUUUCCCGCAGGUGAGAGUCAGGAUGGGGAGGAGAGCGAGGAGGGUGAGGAAGGGGGGUGGGAUGACUACGAGGAUGAUGGUGAUUAUAGGGAAGGUGAUGGUGGUGGUGGUGGUGGGGAGGACAGGGCAGAGCUUAGGGGGGAGGAUGAAGCGGGCGAUCCUGAGAACUGUGACAAUAGGCGGAGUUCCGCAAACGGGGAAGCGGAAGGGAUGCCAGCGGCCGGUACAGGAACAGGUACAGGGUCAAGAAGCAGAUCGAACGGUCAGGAUCAACAGACGAGAGAGCAGCAGCAAGCAGCUGGGGGGAGCGAUGCUGGGGGUAGGAACAGCAGGGACGGCAGGGAUAAUGAUGAUGAUGACUCAGGGUGGAUUGAUGGUGCCACCCUGGUGACGGGGCAAGCGCUGAAGGGUGCCACGUGGCAGCGCCUCCCCGCGUCGGAUCCGGGAAUCGGGCGGGGAAGAGGCAGGCGGAAAGGGGGAGGUACCGGGCGGAACAGUGGCGAGGGGAGCGGGGGGAGGGGGAGUGCGGGCAGUCGUCUCACGCCGAGACAGAGGCUCCUGCAGGAGGUGGGGGAGGUGCUGGUGGGAGUGGGGGCGGAUGUGUCAGGGUGCGCCGUUGACCCCUGCUUUGACCUCGGUCAACCCAUCCGGCUGGUAGGCCCGUCCCUUGACCUGGGUCAACCCGUGAGACCAGCAGAUAGAAGCAGCCGGUCGGCCAAGGCAAAUGCCGUUGAUAGCAGCAGGGACGGCAGUGAAGGAGAAGGAGGAGGAGAAGAGCUGCAAUCUCGGCCUACCGCAGUCGAACCGUCCCCAGUUGCACCUGCCCGCCCCUCUCCGGGAUACCCCCCCCGAGGCUCCUCCACCCCCCCCAUCGCGCCCUCCUUCGGCUCCCCUGCGGCCCUUCGCGGCUCAGGCUCGGGAAAACGUCUCUCGAUCAAUGAGAGGCCGACACCUGGCAUUGCGGGCAGCAGCGGCAGUGGGUGGAACAUGAGCGUAACGUUACCACCGCAGGCCCUCGCCCAGCUCGCAGCCGCCAUGCAGGAAGGGGACGACGAGGACGGGGGGAAGGGGGCGUUGCGGGAAGGGCAUGGGGGGGAAGGAGAUGGGAAUGGGGGUGGGGAGGAGGGAGGGGGUCCUGGGGUGGGGUUUGAGCGGCGGAGUGUAUCGGCAGCGGUGGCCGCGGCGCAGAGAGGGGACCGCGCGUUUGUGCACAGCCACAGCUGGAACGUACGAUCGAGUGGCCUGGACGAGGGGGAGGAGGGCGAGCGGGGAGAGGGCGGAAGGGGUGGAGAGGGGUGGGAAGCGGUGCAAGGAAGAAGGACAAUGAGCAGUCAAGGGAGGAAGGGUGCGGUUUCAGGUGUGUCUCCUGGCAUGUCGCCUUCGGGUUCCAUCACACCGUCACGGCUGUCCAGACUGGGCUCCUCUGCUUCUCCUUCCGCUGCCACUGCUGCGGUCUCCUCGCAUGCCUUUCCGGACAUGGAGGGCUCGUAUAGUCACGCUUCAAGAAGCAACUCUUAUAGUCACACCCCAGUGGAAGGGCCACACAGGAGCAGCCCUCUGCGGGACUCGAACCUCCCCCCUCGGUCGAGCCCCCUGGCUCGAGAGCUCGCGGAUUUGGAGAAGGAAGCCGGAUCAGUACAGUCUGUCCCCGUUAUAAGCUCAUCUUCUCCAGGCAGAGUUGCUUUUCCGGAUUUGGCACCUGCGGGUAACAGAAGAAGCAGCCUAGCGCAAGAGAUAGAGGAGCUUGAGGGAACAGGCGCAGGUGCAGAGCACAAUGUCAACAGGAGCAGUACUGCUUUCGGUCCUACUGGCAGGACCGCUGGUGGUAACCCUAGUGCUGGUGGUUACUCUCCUGGUUACCCGCGCGGUGACAGUGGCAGAAGCGGCAGUGCCAGCAGCAGCCGCAGGUCCCUUGGUGCGGGGAGCGGCGGGGACAUAGCCACUGGUGUUGCCACUGGUGUGGCCACUGGUGGGGACAUCGCAGUUUUUGGUGCGUCUCAGAAAUGGACUUCACCGCCGAGCUCUAGCUCAGAAUGGAAACCCGGGCCUGGGAGCGACAGUGGUGUUCCAAUGGCUGGGAGCGAUGGUUACCACGUAACCGACCGGUUCGGUGCAUCUACGAGUAUUGUGUCCGAGCCGUCUGCGUCGCCUCGGUCUCCUGCGAGUUCUGUCGCUGUUCCUGUCCUCCGCCGAACCUACACGGACUGCGACCGGCAUGCUGCGGCAGGAGGUUUGGGGGGAGGUGCGGAAGUAGCAGCAGCUGGUGGUGCGGCUGGUUCUGGUGUGGCAGAUUCAACAUAUCUGGCCUCGCCUGGUGGUUCGAUGCACCUGGCCUCGCCUGCUCGCUCCUGCGCAUCCAGUAUAGAUGGUCGUUCCGAGGUAAUGCUGCGAUCCCCACAGUAUGGACGAGCAGGAGCAGCAGGAGUGGGAGCAAAGGGAGGAGCAACAGGAGGAGUAUCACCUGCAAGAGCAGCAGCAGGACAGACUGACUCUCCUGCUACUGCUUUCGCCCCCUCCUCGCCUGCUCCUGACCGUACCAGCCGCCCUGCUUUCCCCGACUACCAGAGCUCUCCCUCCGCUUCCCCCAUUUCCACCACUUCCCCCUCACGCUCCCAAGCCCCGCCCGUGCCUCCCUCCUCUAAACCUAGACGUACUUCCAAGGUGUUUAAAGCGUUUGGGCCUAAAAGCCCGCUGAACACGGUGAAAUCCGGAGGGUUCUGGCCGGUGCAGAGCGGUUGGGGGGGUGGAGACGCCAGCCCUGCCAGUAGCACUGCUAGCGGGUUCUCUGCUGCUGCGCCCACUGCUGCUGCUGCUGCUGCUGUUGCUGCUGCUGCCGAGGCUUCUGGUGCUGCUGGUAGUUCCACUCCUGUUGCCGCUGGCUCUGGUGGUUUGAUGAGUAGCAGUAGUAGUGGCAGCAAUCAGAAGGGAGGGGAAGGUUCACUCGGAAAGAUGUGGCUUAAGCUGUUUGGGAAAGGUUGGAGCAAAGGGGGUGGACAGGGAGGGGGGAGCGAGGAGAUGGAGGAGGAGGAGGAAGGGGCGGGGAGGAGAGGAAGGAGGUUGUCACUUCAAGGGUCUAGGAGCGAAGCCGGAGCAGGGAGAGGGGAUGAAACGGCUGGGCAGAUUCGGGGCAGGUUACGAAGAAAUUCUCUAUCUACCCGGCUGGAGAAAGUGGGGCUUCGGGCGAGCGCAACCGCUGGAUCGAACCCAUGGGGCGGGAAGGGAGAUGGGGGGAGCGAAGGUGCUGGGGGCAACGAGCGUGGGGCCGAGGGAGAGGCUUGGCAGAUUACGAGUUCAGGGGGGAGGAUGGACGGGAGCGCAGCUGAGAGGAAAGAAGAGAGGAACGAUGGAGGAAGGGAGAAGGCAGGUGGGAGUGGGUCCCAAGGGGGGGAGGAUGAUGGGGAGGGGUUGUGGAGGGGCAAGUUGAAGGUGCUGGGUGGGGGGAAGGCGAAAGGCAGGGCUAGCUACUCUGUGUGA